CGCCCACACUGCCACCAGCGUCACUCGACCCCGCGCCGCUAAUUAUUAUGAAUGAUACAAAAGCUAUUCCACGAAGCUCAUAUCCGUCUUUAGUAUCGGAAUCUGUCCUGCUGCCAUCGCCGCCAUCGCCAAAGUCGCCACCCACACCGCCUACACCCCUCACGCCGCCUUCUCCGCUUUCGCCCGAGUCGCCCGCGCUGCAGCCGCCCCCCGCCCUGCAGCCCGCCCUACUGCCCGCCCCCAGUGACGUCAUGCCUGCCAAGACUAACGGCGAAGCUAAACCUAGGCGGGAACCGAAAGGCUUUCGGAUAGGUUCAGCGCGGCGCGUGACGGAGCACGGGGCGAUGGUGAACGGCAGCGUGGAUCGCGGCAAGAUGGGGGCCCGUCUUCUACCCGGCCGCGGGGACCCCGACUUCGGCACGCCCGUCUGAGUCCGGCACGACACGUCAGAAUACACGGCUGAACGUUCAUCAUCACAUACGUCACGUUACCGUUAUAUCCGUCACGAUAACGCGACGUGAUGUGUGUAUGAUGUAAGCCGUACGUAGAGCAGAGCCGAGCCGAUAGCAGAUAAACUAAAUACAGAUUAUGUUGCAUGCUCUCGGCGACACUAGCGCCACACGUGCGCUUACUACUAAAGAAGUUAACUUAGUUCUUCUUUUACAGCUUCCGAUUGCAAUAUAUAAAACUAAUUUAGUUUUAAAUAGGUUAAUACAUAUAUUAUUUUAGCAUAUAUUUUGCGAUUGACACAAUACAAUGGAAAAGUACCAUUACGGUAGGUAAAGAAAACUAAUUUGUUUUAUGUCGUCGUCGACAAUGUAUUUGACAUUUAAAACAAAUAUUUAUUAUAAUCUUAAAAUAUAUU